CUCUGCCGUUAGCAGCGCGGAACUACGAGUCCCGGGGUCCCUUGCGGCCGCCGUAGUCAAGUGGCCGGUGGAAUUGGCCCAGGAUGACAGCUGGAGAAUGGAGUCAGUUUUAUCCAAGUAUGAAAACCAGAUUACUAUUUUCGCUGACUACCUAGAAGAAUUUCCAGAUACAGAUGAGCUGGUAUGGAUCUUGGGGAAACAGCAUCUUCUUAAAACCGAAAAAUCUAAGCUGUUGUCUGAUAUAAGUGCUCGUCUGUGGUUUACAUACAGAAGGAAAUUUUCACCGAUUGGGGGAACGGGCCCUUCGUCAGACGCCGGCUGGGGAUGUAUGCUACGCUGUGGACAGAUGAUGCUGGCUCAAGCCCUUAUCUGCAGACACUUGGGCAGGGACUGGAACUGGGAGAGACAGAAAGAACAACCCAAAGAAUACCAACGAAUCCUACAGUGCUUCCUAGAUAGAAAAGACUGUUGCUACUCUAUCCAUCAAAUGGCACAGAUGGGUGUAGGAGAAGGGAAAUCAAUUGGCGAAUGGUUUGGACCAAAUACAGUUGCACAGGUGUUAAAAAAACUUGCUUUAUUUGAUGAAUGGAAUUCCUUGGCUGUUUAUGUUUCAAUGGAUAACACCGUGGUUAUUGAAGAUAUCAAAAAAAUGUGCCACACCCUCCCCUUGAGUGCUGAAACAGCUGCCGAGAGCCCCCCUGAGUCUCUGAAUGCUUCGACCCAGAGUAAGGGCCCCUCUGCCUGCUCUCCAGCCUGGAAACCCUUGCUGCUCAUUGUGCCCCUCCGCCUGGGCAUAAACCAAAUCAAUCCUGUCUAUGUCGACGCCUUCAAAGAGUGUUUUAAGAUGCCACAGUCUUUAGGGGCAUUAGGAGGAAAACCAAAUAACGCCUAUUAUUUCAUAGGAUUCUUAGGUGAUGAGCUCAUUUUCCUGGACCCUCACACAACCCAGACCUUUGUUGACACUGAGGAGAACGGGACGGUUGACGACCAGACUUUCCAUUGUCUGCAACCUCCACAGCGAAUGAACAUCCUGAACUUGGAUCCUUCCGUAGCAUUGGGAUUUUUCUGCAAAGAAGAAAAAGACUUUGAUAGCUGGUGUAGCCUUGUUCAGAAGGAAAUUCUAAAGGAAAAUUUAAGGAUGUUUGAAUUAGUUCAGAAACAUCCAUCACACUGGCCUCCCUUUGUUCCUCCAGCCAAGCCAGAAGUGACAACCACGGGGGCAGAAUUCAUCGACUCUACUGAACAACUAGAGGAGUUUGACCUGGAGGAAGAUUUCGAGAUUCUGAGCAUAUAGAAUAGUGGGAACUCACCUUGGAGAUCUGUCUUCCAUCUGGCACCAGAAGAACAUGAAUUCAUCACAAAAAACUUUUCUAGUCAGCAAGUGCCUGAUAUGCCAACAACAUACAAACUUGAUAGCAAUCAUGACUGAGCCAAUCACCUUUUCUCAGAAAAAAACACACAAGUGAACAAUAUACCCCUUCCCCAGAAAGAACUAAAACAAUCAUGGAAUCUAGGAGCAGAAAGAUUAGGAGUCGUCUCUUGCACUUCCCAGCUUCUUACAUGGCCACAGCGAAUCUUCAGCUACUGAAAUGAGGAGGUGGAUGUCUGGAAGAUAGACAGCAACUCCCACCUUGCUUCCAGCACCAGCAGAUGAGAGAUGGUUACCCUGUGCUUCUUCACCCUUUCAGGUUAGACCUCUCUGGGCUAAAUACUAAGAAGCAACCUGUUCUCUUGCUCUAAUAAUAAAGUGAUAAUCGUAUCAGGGAAAAAAAGUUCUUGUUAAAUUAUUUGAACAUGUGUUUAAAUAAUUAUAAUUGAUCUCAAAAAGUGUGUCAAAGACAUUACAUCAAAUGUAUACUUAUUGAUCUCCUUCCCAUUUGCGAGAACCUUAACUAUUUGAUGCGUCACUGUCCCCAUCUUUACUGAUACUUUUGUCAGAUGGUCACCCUGUCCUUAAAUCAUUAUCAUUUAAAUCAGGGGUCUGCAGACUUUUUCUGUCAAGGGUCAGAUAGGAAACGUUUUAGGCUCUGAAGACCACAUAGUGUCUGUCACAGCUCCUCAUCUCUGCUGGUGAAACCCCAAGACAGCCAUAGACAAUGUGCAUGCACAUGAGCCUGGCCGUAAUCCAAUAAAACUUUAUUUACAAAAACAGGCAGAGGGCUGGAUUUAGCCCACAGCCUGUAGUUUGCUAAUCACUGACUUAAAUUGUUGAUUUUUGUUUGGGAAAUUAAAAAUUGUGUUUGAAUUUGA